AUGUGUCUUGCUGCAUUUUUGUGCGUCAUGGCUUCGGCUCCAGUAAAACCAUCUGAGUCAUUCGGCCUUGCGCGUCAUACCAGCGUGACAGAUGUUUUGACAGCAGUAUUCAGUAGUUUAACACCGGAAGAGAUAGGCGAUAUCGAAUCACAAAUCCUUCUCCUUGGUAGUAGCUGCCCGAGUGAUCUCCAAUACAUUGAAGAACAGGAUCUUGGUUUUCUGAAGCCCAUACAAAAAAGGAAACUAUUAGCAGCAGUAAAAAAUGAACUGAAGACUAAAUCGAAGUCUAGAUACCGAGUGGUUAUUCCGGAAACUGACGCUGAGCCCGAUGAUGAUGAUGCGUCGUCCCUGGCAUCUACAACCAUCUUUUCACCUUGUAGUACCCGGAGCUCUUCACCUACAGGCAGGCCAUCAUAUACACCUACAAGAUAUGCUUUUGAAGUGCCGUUCAAAAGGUUACCCAGGGAUGUUUUGAAAGCAUGUAAGAAGAACAAACGACCCACCGCUUCAGGGAGGAGGGAGACAAUUCGAAUAAUUGCUGAUGACCUUUUGGCUGAUUUUCCUGUGCCUGUGGUUGUGCCAAGAAAAACUAUCCGUGACGCUGCUAUCGGUUUAGUGAAAACUUAUCCAGAGUCAUUUCAGAACCGUGACAUGAAUGGCUUAAAGUUGGGAAAUGGAUAUGAAUCUGUAUUCAAGCAAAUUGAAAACUGUGUGUAUAACAAGAAAGGUAAAAACUCCAUGCCUCAGACAGCCACGACAGAUACCGUUAGUGCUGAUGACAACCAUGACCUGCCCGAGAAAAAGGUUAAACUCGACCAACAUGACCAGUAUGGAUGCACUAAUUGGGCGGCUAAAAUUAGUGAUACGGGAACAGAAACUGUACUCGAAGCAACCAAGAAACGACUCCUUGAAGAAUUCGGAAAAGACGAAGAAGAUUAUAACGAUAUUACAACAGUGUCUCUUCAAAUGAAAGAAACUUAUCCUUUACAGAGAAGGAUCAUUAAUGCUGAUGUACCAAUUGCGAGCUUGAAAAAAGAAUGGCCGUUCCUGUUUAAAAUCCCGUAUCUUCUUGACCACUUCGAGAAAUUAACUGGAGUUGAUCUGGCAUCCGUCUUUGAGGAGCAGUUGGUGGGGAGGAACAAGGGGGAGAGAAUUUUUAAUUUCAUGAUUUCCGCUUCUCAAAAUUCAAAGUUGCCGGCAUUAAAAAAGUGGAUAGAGAUCAUUAAAGAGAACAUGGCUACGGUAAAGUCAAAGAAACCAGCCAGUCAUGGUGUUGUGCUGCUUAUCAAUGCCUACUUCGAUGAGCAAGAGGAUGCACUCUUCCGUUGUUAUGGGAUUGGUGGCAAGAAGGACGAUAUUUUGAAGGACAAGUCAGCCUUGAAGUCACCAUACAUAGCAGUCCUUGGAGACCAAGAUGAUAUCUUGCUUGGUAAGAAUAUGUACUACCUUGUCAUUGAAGGGGAGAUCGUAAAUGAAAAUGUGCCAGAUUUCUCAACAGCAGUUCAGAUGUUGUUUGCAUCUUUUUACGUUCUCAAUAUCAAGUACCCAAUGGAAGCAGAAGCAACGCUGGAAUUCCUUCAAAGAUAG